UAAUGUUUUUAAAAAAAUAAACAAAUAUAGUUUAAGAAUUUUGCUAAAAAUCCCUAAAAUUUUAUAAAAUUUCCCAACUUUAAAACAAAAUUUUCAUCACUUUUUGUUCAAAAUCAUAAGAUUUUACUUUAAAAGGUGCAAGAAUAAACACAAAACUUCUACAAAAAUAAUAAAAAACAAACUAAUUAAAAAAAUAUUUCUUCUGCAAAAAUAACAAGUGUUUUUUUCUGUUACUAAACAAUAACAAUUUCAGAAAAAUAACAACAAGAAAUAAAUACAAAAAAGUAUAAUAUUGAAAAUCAAACAUUAAUACAGAUAGAGGGCAAAAUAGAAAAAUGGUCAAUAACAGUAAUAAAACGCAAAAAAUGAAACAAAAAACGCCAACAACGCAACAGCAGCAUCAGCAACAACAGCAACAAAAUGUUGCUGAAGGAGUCAACAAUCAAAAGGUAACAACUCAACAACAAAUGGCAUCAAAAAACUCAAACAAUGGACAAAAUGAACAACAAACACAAUUAACAGCAAAAAGACAAGCAACACAACAGCAGCAACAGCAAAGUUCAACCGCAAUAAAGACACAAAAUUUGCAAAAUCAAACUGGCAACAACAACAACAAUAAUAAAACUAAAAAUCAACAACAAAAGGCCCAACAACCACAAAAUAAUGGUAACAAUCAGAAUAAAAGACGUAAUAGUGUUAACAAUAACAACAACAAACAAAACAAUAAAUCUGCUGCAAAAUCCAAUAACAGCAACAACAACACAACUAACAAAUCCCAAACAAAACCAUCACAGACACAAACCACCAACACAGAAACACAACAGCAGCAAAAAACACAAAAUUCUAAAAACCAACAGAAAACCACAUCCUAUCGCAAUUCCUCCCACAGUUAUGCUCAAACAUUGGGUAACACCAAACAACAGCAGCAGAAUCAGCAACAACAACAGAAAACCACUAACAACGGCAACAACAACAACACCAACACUAACAAUCAUAAAAUCCUAACCACAAAUAAUACUUACAAUGAUAACAAUCCCUUGCCCGGUGAAAAAUCUAAGAACCAUAAAACAAAUCGUACUAAUUCAAAAUCCCCCUCACCCAUAACCAAUGAAAAUCAGAAUCCUAAUGCACAAAAUUCACGACGCAAUAGCGUUAAGCUAACUGCUGCCGAUCUAUUGACUGCUGCUUUAGCAAAACCCUGUGCCAAAUGUUUGAAACCUACUGCAAGUAAUGCCACAGAUUCCUCUACAACUUCUUACAUAGCUUUGGAACCAUUGACCUUUAAAAAUUACAAUAGCAACAACAAUAACGGUAAUAAUGCCAAACAAUAUCGUAAAUCAAAAUCGUAUGUUGCCUCCUCGCGCCACAUGUCGAACGGUGAUUUAAUGAGUAAUGGUGGAGGAGGUGGUGGUGGUGGCAAUAAGUCCAAUUCUCGUCAACAGUAUCAACGUUCACAAAGUGAUCGUCGCAGUUCGUUUGAUCGUCAUUUUGCCGAACGCAAUAAGAACUUUGUACCGAUCGAGGCUCCGGCUAAACCCAUAUUGGCCUCAUCUAAUAUUCAUGCAGUUAUAGUGGACACGGAAAAGUUGGUGAUAUUGGAACGUUUGGGUAAAGGACGCAGCACGUAUCCCAUAAUGCAGUGCGGGACACUAGACGCACCCGAUUCGUCAUAUCACACACAAAGAUCCAACAGAAUGGACGUUUAUCAAAUUGACGAUGGUUUUCAUUCAGACGGUGGCACCGAAACCCCACCACCAUCACCCAGUUCCGGCUCAUCGAUAGCCUCCACAUCAGAUCAUGGCUCGCUGGAGAGCGUCGAUACGGGUGGUACACAACGUUUGGCUGUGCUGUCAUUCGAACAGGUACGCAAACUACACAAUGUCAUGGACGAGAAGGUGGCCAUACAUGGACGUGGUAAUUUUCCCACAUUGGAGGUGACACUGAAAGACUUGGUGAAUUCGGUGAGGCGCAAAUUGGAGGCCGAUGUGGGUUCCGGUGGUGCCGGUGUGAUAGUCAAGGAUAUACGCUUGAACGGCGGAGCAGCUAGUCAUGUAUUGGCUUCAGAGGAUCAGCCUUAUAAUGAUCUGGAUUUAAUUUAUGCCAUUGAGCUGAGCUCACCACGUCACUUUGAUCGUGUCAAAACAGCGGUACUGAACACAUUGCUCGACCUAUUGCCCGAAGGUGUUUCCAAGCGUCGCAUCAUGCCGUGUGCGCUCAAGGAGGCAUACGUUGGCAAAAUGGUCAAGGUGAAUAAUAAUAACGAUGGCGAUCGCUGGUCGCUAAUAUCAUUGGGCAAUUCGCCCGGUCACAAAAAUGUCGAACUGAAAUUCGUCGAUACUAUGCGGCGACAAUUCGAGUUUUCCGUCGAUUCCUUCCAAAUUGUUCUCGACUCGUUGCUGCUCUUCUACGAUUGUGCAGCCUUGCCAAUAUCGGAGAACUUCUAUCCCACCGUCGUGGGAGAGUCCGUCUACGGCGAUUUCCAAGAAGCCUUGUAUCACUUGGAAAAGAAACUGAUCUCAACGCGGCAACCCGAAGAGAUACGAGGCGGUGGUCUGCUCAAGUAUUGCAAUUUGCUGGUGCGCAACUAUAAGCCAGUCGACAAUCAGCGCAUCAAAACGUUGGAGCGCUACAUGUGCUCGCGUUUCUUUAUCGAUUUUCCAGACAUCAAUACCCAGACUGUGAAAUUGGAGGCCUAUUUAAGAAAUCACUUCUGGGGUGUCGAUGAGGAGCCCUUGCAGUACCAGUACCUGAUGCAUUUACGUGAGGUGGUGGAGAAUUCAACAGUAUGCCUGAUGGGUCACGAGAGACGGCAGACAUUGCUGUUGAUACAAUCGUUGGCCGCACAGGUGCUGUACAAGGAGCAGCAAAAACAGGUUCAUGAACAGCAGCAGCAGCAACAACAUCAUCAUCAGCAGCAGCAUCAACAACAGCAUCAUCAUCAACAGCAGCAGCAGCAGCAACAACACCAACAGCAACAGUAUCAGCAGCAACAUCAACAUUUGGUUGAGCAACAUACAACCACAAUGACUAUGGUGAAUACAACGCCGUGUCAAACACCGCAGCAGCAACAACAGCAGCAGCAACAACCUCACAAUACACACACUAUCUACUUACAACAGGUUCCACAAACGCCGCCACAAACAGCCACCAUUUGCUGUGCCAUGCCAGCCACAAAUCCAGCUGAUCAGACCCAGCAGCAGCAGCAACAGCCGCAAAACCAACAAUCACAGCAGCAGCAGCAACAGCAAACGGUUCCUCAAACGGCUCAGGCCUCAACGGCACCACAAACAAUACAAAUACAAGCCGGUCCUCCGGGUUUGAUUUAUGCCAAUGGCGUCUACUAUGCACCUGUGAUUCCCACAACAAUUUGCACCUGCAAUUCGACAUGGCUGAGUACGUGAUUAAGUGU